GCUAUUCACAUGGCUUGCAGAAUCUGGCCUGUGAGUAUCACUUAAAAUUUGUCAGUUUGGCUGAAAUUCUGUUGCUUUUGUAUUAUUGGCACCGGAUGAAUAAAGUCUGUGUUAACAGGAUUUUAUAUAGUGUAAUAAAACUUUCCUGUUCUAAGUAUAGAAGGAACUUCCCACUGAAAAAAUCUAGAGUGAAUCGAAAGCUGGUCAGUAUGGUACAAAGAUCCUAGGAACUGAAGCUGAGGUGUUCAAUGCAGGAAACAGACUGCCAAGACAAAGAAGAGAUGCAGAAUCUGUGUGCUACAAAUGGGGGAACAGAGCAGUGCUGUGGGGAGCACAGACAGAGACUGGAGCUGUUCUGCCAGGAGGAUGAGGCCUUUAUCUGUGUCCUGUGUGUUCCCAGUCAUUCAUGUCACAGUUUUGUGUUCCUGCAUGACACAAUCAGUGUGUAUAAGGACAAGCUGAAAACAUCAUUCUCAUCCCUGGAACUAAAAGUCCGAGAUCUGAAAGAUUUACAAACCAAGAAUGAGACAGAAUUCCUGGAGAUACAAGAACGUGCUGUUAAUUUGGAAAAAUACAUUGCAGAAGAGUUUGCAAAACUGCACCAGUUUCUCCAUGACAAGGAACAAAAACUCAUUCAACAACUUAACAGCAAAGCAUCAGAAAUUCUGAGAGAGAUAAAAAAAGAAAAUCUUGAAUGCAUUAAAACUGGUGUUACAGAAAUCCACUCAGCAGUGUCUGAUACUAACUUGGAAAUCAAAAAAGUAGAAGACAUUCUGGAAGAGAGUGAUGAUGACACAGACUAUCUGACAACCACUGAGGAAUCAGUGUCAGGUGACACAACAGAACAUGGAAAACACAAAACUAAUGGAGUUCUAUCAACAAUGGGAGCAGAGAAUGGAGCAUUUACUGGAGUCAGCAGUCAUCACGUGGGGCAUCUCCUACAGAGAACCUGCAGCAGUCUGUUCAAACUCUGA